AACAUGCAAUGCAAGACCAGCUGCCAACGCAGCUCUAUACAACGAUUGACAGGUUCACGCUGGAGUCAGGAGAGGUUCUGACCAACGCGGCCGUCGCCUUCACCGUAAAAGGCCGACUUAACUCUCAGCGAACCAACGCUGUCGUUAUCUGCCACGCCCUUUCCGGUAGUGCAGAUGUUGACGACUGGUGGUCACUGCUUUUAUCGCGCCCCGAGAACCCAGUCCUCGAUCCCAACAGGUUCUGUAUCAUCUGCUGCAAUGCUCUAGGCAGUCCCUAUGGCUCAUCGAGCCCGUUGUCUGUAAAGCCGGGCAAUGCAUCUUAUUAUGGACACACGUUCCCGAGAACAACUAUUCGUGACGAUGUCCGGCAAGUAUACGCUCGAGUUUGACCGUAGCUCAGCGCUAACUUGCUUUCCCAAACAGAAUCCAAAAGAUAGUGGUCGAAUUGCUCGGGGUGCGGUCAAUCUAUUGCGUUAUAGGAGGUAGCAUGGGAGGCAUGAUGGCGCUGGAGUGGGCAUUACUGGGUAAGCAUUUCGUACGAUCCAUGGUUCUCGUCGCGACCGCAGCCAGGCAAAGUCCCUGGGCGAUAGCGUGGGCUGAGAACCAGCGGGCAACCAUAAAGUCCGAUUCCAAGUUCCGAGGUGGGUGCUACGGUAAUGAUCCUCCUCGAGAUGGCCUCGCGGCUGCGCGUAUGGCAGCCAUGGUAUCGUACCGGACACACUCAUCUUUCGAAAAGCGAUUCGGAAGACGCCGGCUAGAGACUUACACAGCGCCCAACAAAAUGCUGUCGAAAGUCAACGGCAUCCGUCCGCCAUUCGCGGUCGACGUGCAGUGCGCGAAGCGAGACGACGGACACUACGACAAGUCGGGCAUAUUCUUGGCGCAGAGCUAUCUGCGUUAUCAAGGAGAAAAGUUCAAUGCUCGCUUCGAUGCCAAUUGCUACCUCCACAUCCUGGACAAGAUCGACUCGCAUGACAUCGCCCGCGGCCGGUACCAGAGUCUUUCGGACGACGAAGCGAUCCUUAAAGUCCUCAGCCAGAUUCGACAGCGCACAUUGGUUGUCGGAGUCCCUACGGAUGGCCUCUACCCGCUGUCUGAGCAAAUAGUUCUGUCUCAGGGCCUGAAGAAUGCAACUUUCGCAACGGUCCAGAGCGAUGAUGGGCAUGAUGCGUUUCUCAUCGAAGGCGAGCAGCUCAAUGAGCUGUUGCGCUCCUUCUUCAGCUCAGAUCCUGAGUUGUAAGCAUAGAGUAUAUAUUCCACUUGUAAUCAAAUAAAAUUGUACCACCGUCGAAAUGAUUGGAGAAAGCAUUGUAUUGGCGAUGGCGUAUAUCGUGACCAUGGCG